CCCUAUCCCAGCGUGAGGCGGCAGAGAUGGCCCUGAGCCUGGAGCUGACGAGCAGGGUCCCCACGCUGGCUACCACGGGCAGCCCCCUGCCCGAGCCGCCUGGAGGCUCCAACGCAUCCCUCAACAGCUCGUGGGCCAGCCCGACGGAGCCCAGCACCCUGGAGGACAUGGUGGCCACGGGUGCCAUCGGGGUGGUGCUCUUGGCCAUGGGCGCGGUGGGCGUGGCCGGCAACGUGUACACCCUGGUGGUGGUGUGCCGCUCCCUGCGCGCCGCGGCCUCCAUGUACGUCUACAUCAUCAACCUGGCGCUGGCCGACCUGCUCUACCUGUUCAGCAUCCCCUUCAUCGUGGCCACCUACGUUACCAAGCAGUGGCACUUCGGAGACGUGGGCUGCCGCGUGCUCUUCAGCCUAGACUUCCUGACCAUGCACGCCAGCAUCUUCACCCUGACGGUCAUGAGCAGCGAGCGCUACGCCGCGGUGCUGAGGCCGCUGGACGCCGUGCAGCGCUCCAAAGGCUACCGCAAGGUGCUGGUGCUGGGCACGUGGCUGCUGGCGCUGCUGCUGGCGCUGCCCAUGAUGCUGGCCAUUCGGCUGGUCCGCAGGGGCCACAAGAGCCUCUGCCUGCCGGUCUGGGGCCAGAGCGCCCACCGCGCCUACCUGACGCUGCUCUUCGGCACCAGCAUCGUGGGCCCCGGCCUGGUCAUCGGCCUGCUUUACGCGCGGCUGGCCCGGGCCUACUGGCGGUCGCAGCGCGCCUCCUUCCCGCGGACGCGGCGGCUGCCGGACCCCAGGGUGCUCUACCUCACCCUGGGCGUCGUGCUGCUCUUCUGGGGCUGCUUCCUGCCCUUCUGGCUGUGGCAGCUGCUGGCCCAGCACCGCGGAGCCCUGUCGCUCUCGCCGCGCACGGCGCGCCUGGUCAACUACCUGACCGCCUGUCUCACCUACGGCAACAGCUGCGCCAACCCCUUCCUCUACACGCUGCUCACCAAGAGCCACCGCGAGUACCGCCACUCCAUCAGCCCAGCUGACUUCCUCACACCGCCCAGAGGUUCCCCGGCCCCCCUGGGAGGAUCUGCGCGGCUGAGGCCCAGAAUCAGCUUCAGCAGCCGUGGCGAUGGGCGUCCUCACCGCUCGGCGCCCACCGGGACUCAGCGCCUGCCCGCAAAACCCUCCUGCUGGCUGGUGCGCAGCCUGGUGCCCAUCCCCGUCCCUCCCCGCCGGAAACAAUAA